AGAACGUCCUGUGCGAGGAGGGAGGUUCUAGCUGUGACUUCUGCCUUCUUCCUGGCCGACGCCCCUUUCUAUAUUUUUUCCCCCUCCUCACCUCUCACCUCUUCUUCCAACUCUUCUUCCCAUUUCUUUCCCUUCACCAGUUCUGCUUCUCUCUCUUCUCUCCAUCCCCUGGUCUCUACAACCUCGCUCGCCUCUGGCAAGAGAUACCACAUCGUCUUCGCCAACCGGCCUGAUACCCCUCGUCUGCAUCCUCCCACUGUAGCACCCUUGGUGAGUCUCCGCGUAGCCCCCCCUCCCCCCACCUCCCCAGACUCUCCCCCGCCAUAAUCCGUCGCUAUCUGUGCCUCCCAUCCCUCGUUGUCUCGCCCUCAUCUUGCAACCUCUCCUCAACACGCUGCCCGUCAUCAUCUACCAUCCGCCCGUUGGCACAGAGAUAGGGGGGAGUACGACUGUCUGCCCUGUAAAAGUUCUGCCUGUCUGCCAUUGCAACGUGCGAGAUUGACUCGGGGCGUUUUGUCUGCCUUCAACUCCACACCGAGUCAACGAUAAUAAACGUGUUUGCCCUCGGCCGAUACUAAUAUUCCUGCCAUUCAGACCUCUCUCGUCAAUCCGCUCGACAAGAUGGCCGAGACUUUCGAGUUCCAGGCUGAGAUCUCUCAGCUGCUGUCGCUCAUUAUCAACACCGUCUACUCGAACAAGGAGAUUUUCCUGCGGGAGUUGAUUUCCAAUGCCUCAGAUGCCCUCGACAAGAUCCGAUACGAGGCCUUGUCCGACCCUAGCAAGCUAGACUCCAACAAGGACCUCCGUAUCGAUAUCAUCCCGGACAAGGAGAACAAGACCUUGACCAUCCGCGAUACCGGUAUCGGUAUGACCAAGGCUGACUUGGUCAACAACCUGGGUACCAUUGCCCGCUCCGGCACUAAGCAGUUCAUGGAGGCCCUGACCGCUGGUGCCGAUGUCUCCAUGAUUGGCCAGUUCGGUGUCGGUUUCUACUCCGCAUACCUCGUCGCCGACCGUGUGACGUUUAUCUCCAAGCACAAUGAUGACGAGCAGUACAUCUGGGAGUCGUCUGCCGGCGGCACCUUCAGCGUCAAGCCGGACACGGAGGGCGAGCCUCUCGGCCGCGGCUCCAAGCUGAUCCUCCACCUCAAGGAGGAGCAGACCGAAUACCUCAACGAGAGCAAGAUCAAGGAGGUUAUCAAGAAACACUCAGAGUUCAUCUCCUAUCCCAUCUACCUCCACGUCAAGAAGGAGACUGAGAAGGAGGUUCCCGAUGAGGAUGCCGAGCAGGUUGUCGAGGAAGUUACCGACGAGGGUGAUGACAAGAAGCCCAAGAUCGAGGAGGUUGACGACGAAGAGGAGGACAAGGAGAAAGAAAAGAAGAAGAAGACCAAGAAAAUCAAGGAGACUUCCAUUGAGGAGGAAGAGCUCAACAAGCAGAAGCCCAUCUGGACUCGCAACCCCCAGGACAUCAGCCAGGAGGAGUACGCAGCUUUCUACAAGUCUCUUUCCAACGACUGGGAGGACCACCUGGCCGUUAAGCACUUCUCUGUCGAGGGUCAACUUGAGUUCCGCGCUAUUCUCUUUGUUCCCAAGCGCGCCCCCUUCGACCUCUUCGAGACGAAGAAGACCAAGAACAACAUCAAGCUCUACGUCCGCCGCGUCUUCAUCACUGAUGACGCGACCGACCUCAUCCCCGAGUGGCUGGGCUUCAUCAAGGGCGUUGUUGACUCUGAGGACCUUCCUCUAAACCUGUCCCGUGAGACCCUUCAGCAGAACAAGAUCAUGAAGGUCAUCAAGAAGAACAUUGUCAAGAAGGCUCUCGAGCUGUUCAACGAGAUCGCCGAGGACAAGGAGCAGUUCGACAAGUUCUACAGCGCCUUCUCCAAGAACCUGAAGCUGGGUAUCCACGAGGACUCUCAGAACCGACCGUCCCUGGCUAAGCUUCUCCGCUUCAGCUCAACCAAGUCGGGUGAUGAGCAGACCUCGUUGGCUGACUAUGUUACCCGCAUGGCGGAGCACCAGAAGAACAUCUACUACAUCACCGGCGAGUCGAUCAAGGCCGUCACGAAGUCGCCUUUCCUAGAUGCUCUCAAGGAGAAGAACUUCGAGGUCUUGUUCUUGGUUGACCCCAUUGAUGAGUACGCCAUGACCCAGCUGAAGGAGUUUGAGAGCAAGAAGCUCGUUGAUAUCACCAAGGACUUCGAUCUUGAGGAGACUGAGGAUGAGAAGAAGGCCCGUGAGGCUGAGGAGAAGGAGUACGAAGGCCUAGCCAAGUCCCUCAAGAACGUCCUCGGCGACAAGGUUGAGAAGGUUGUCGUGUCCCACAAGCUAGUUGGUUCGCCUUGCGCCAUUCGAACUGGCCAGUUCGGCUGGUCUGCCAACAUGGAACGUAUCAUGAAGGCUCAGGCUCUCCGUGAUACCUCGAUGAGCAGCUACAUGAGCUCCAAGAAGACUUUUGAGAUCUCGCCCAAGUCUGCGAUCAUCCGAGAGCUCAAGAAGAAGGUCGAGGCUGACGGCGAGAACGACAAGACUGUCAAGUCUAUCGUCCAGCUGUUGUUCGAGACCUCUCUGCUGGUCUCUGGCUUCACCAUUGAGGAGCCCGCUGGAUUUGCCGAGCGCAUUCACAAGCUCGUGUCCCUGGGUCUGAACUUGGAUGAGGAGCCCGAGGUCGAGGAGGUACCGGCCACUACUGAGACCACUGCCGCCGAGACUGGUGACAGUGCCAUGGAGGAAGUCGAUUAAGCGCAAUGGACAAUCGGUAAGGAACGGGAAUCACAAAAAGUUCUUCGGAGUUUGGAUGGGUUCGGGCUUUCUACUUCCGGUCUUGGCAUGCGACUUCCCCCCCAAUAUCUAUUCAUACCCUCCCAACCCCAUGAUGUAGGCGCGAUAAUUACCAGCAUGUGCUAAGAGCAGAUGCUGGUUGAUGAACGCCGUCGAGGGUGCUCAUGUAUUUUACGCCUUUACGAGAUAGAGGCCGGAUUAAUCCGUAGACGAAAUGAAAAAAAAUUAGUGAAAA